UAUAGAGUAGAUAGUCAACAAAAAGAGAUUGAAUUUAUUUUUGCUUCCUGAUUAAUACUGAAAUGCAUUAACUUUCGCAUUAAAAAAUUUUCCAAACUAGUAAUAAAUAAAAUUUGUACUUAGCAUUUUAAUACUAUGAAGUUGACUGGACUGAACAUAUCCUUUUCAUUAGCUUUAACAUUAAAGUCAAAAAACAUAAAUGAUUGAAUCUCUGACUUUGAAAGUUAAAGCUAGUGAAAAGGAAACGUAAUCUACUCAAAAGUUUAUUCCCUUCUUGCAUGCUAAUGAAAGUAUUGACGAAUUAGUUUUCUUUGGUCAACAAUUGAUGAAAUUAAUGCAAUAUCUGACUUUAUUGUGUGUUCUGAAUAUGAGCGUAGUAACCGGCUUUGUACUUGCUUGUGUUUUCUUCGACUAUUGUAUUAAGUUUAAUCGAAGAAGGUCACUGCAUGCGUCAUCGUUCUUAUGGUGGUGGGAAAAUUCAAAAUCCGGUUUAUGCUUGGUACGGUUUAAGUAUCGGUUAAACAUUUAGCGAAAGAAGGCGAAACGAUAUCAGCCAAGACAGGGCAAACGCUCGCCGGAGGAAAAGGCGCGAAUGGAGCGAAACUGCUUUAUCCGACUUAUUUCGUGGGCCGUUUGCCCGUUUGGGAGACGACGCGCACAUCGCAGCUGGGUUGGGGGAUGAGUGUGGAGUACAUUUGGAUUACGUACGUGAGAUCGGUGACGGACGAACCGACGGGACACGCGGUUGUGAUGCUGCAAGAGGACGGUCAAAACUCGAUUAUUAUCGUAGGUGGUGCUAAUAUGAGAGGAUGGCCUGAGAAGAUAAGCGAUGAUGAACUUGAGGUCGUGAGGAAUGCUGGUGUUGUGUUGUUGCAAAGAGAGCUUCCGGAUUCUUUCAAUAUUCAAGUUGCUAAGGCUGUGAAGAAAGUAGGUGUUCCUGUCAUCCUUGACGUGGGAGGAAUGGAUACACCAAUCCCUAAUGAGCUUUUAGAUUCCAUUGACAUCUUGAGCCCUAAUGAAACUGAGCUUAGUCGCUUGACUGGAAUGCCUACUGAAACUUUUGAACAGAUUAGCUAGGCUGUUGCAAAGUGUCAUAACUUGGUAAGUCCCUUUCUUAGCAUGUUUUGAAUCCAGUUGAUAAGGUUUAAGCUAUGUUUUUUU